AUGGCUAUCUCUCUCCUCAAACUCACAACCAUUCUCUCUCUAGUCACCACUCCAUUCCUUGCCUCCCUCUCUCAAACAACCUCAUCAACCAAUCUCUAUAAAGACGACGAAGAGUACACACGCGACACUCCUAGAUUUACCAGAAGUCGGUUCUUAGCCAGUACCAUCAAGAAAGUAAUGGAUUGUGAUCCGAUCAAUAACAAUUUGUGCAAUGGGAUGUCAACGAACAACGGGACUAGCCUUCUGUACUGUUGCAAGAAGCUUUGUUGCAACGUUCUUGGAGACAAAAACAACUGUGGGCAGUGCGGGCACAAGUGCCAACUAGGAGAGCUUUGUUGUCAUGGUACUUGCAUCAACAUUGCCUACGACACCUCAAACUGCGGCGAGUGUGACAAUGCGUGCUCGCCGGGGCUUAAAUGCGAGUAUGGAUCUUGUGGGUAUGCUUGAACUACUCUAGUCAUGUUCACCAAAUGAGUAGCUAUUUGAGAUUUUUGGGUGGAAAGAUGGAUUGGAAUAAUAAAUGAUACGUUAUAAUGGUUUUUUCCUUUUUUAUUUUCAUCAGACCGUAGUUUGGAGAGAGAAAAGUUUCGCAUGUGACAAGAGUUAGA